UGUGUAAAGACGUGUACAUUCAUUCCCGUUUGAUUGAUUUGCGCUGAUAACUCCGAUCCAAUCUCCCUGGGAGAAGAAAUCAUCCCGUUCCGCAGUCGAUGGGGAUAAAUUAACCCAUUCCGUACUCGCAUAAAAAAAUCAAAAACUCGGAAGAUAUCAGAAAUAAAAAAUUAUUUAAAUUACACACAAAUCUAUGUAUGUAACAUAUGUCCAAACAUUUCAUAGACGAAGAACACUAUAUGGACAAAACAAAAGUGAAUUGUGAAUGAAUACCAAGUAAAAAAAAGUGUAAUUAAUAUACUUGAACACAUUUUUAAAAACAUAAAUAGUAGAGUGAUACGCAUGCAUGUUAUGUGUAUAUAUGUACGACAAUGUACAUGAUAUAGAAAGUAAACGACAAAAUGAUAAUGGCAAAUUAAAUAUAUUUUAAGCUUCUAUUCUUCAUACAAAUGAAUAUUAUUAUUACAAAUUAAAUUGAUAAAAAUAAAAAGAAUUACUUGAUAAAAAAUUCAAUCGUACAACAAAAUUUUUAUACACAUCUCAUAUACACAUGAGUAAUAAUUAAGUGACGACUAAAAAAAUAUUCGCUUCGUAAAUGCAGUUGGAAAUUUAUUAAAAUGGAAAUACAGGUGUUUGGUGGACCAUGUGGAUGUCAUGGACCUUACACUUUUUUCAAGGCAUUGAAAUUGACACCGCCACCAAGUGUGAAUAGUCUCCAAAAAGUACAAAGCAGGAAUACACGGAAGUGUGUUGAAAAUAGUAGAAAACAAAUCCGAGGAUGUCGCCGAGAGUUAGUAUUAGCGUUAGGAGAUUGUGUCCCAGUGCGACCGUGGGAAGACUCUCCUAUUGCAUGUCUUGCCGAAAUUCGGAUGAUAUGGAAAGACAAAAAUGAACAGGGGCUACUGACUAGUCUUCGGUUGUAUUUUUUGCCAGAAAAUACUCCGAAUGGUCGAAAUGUCCAUGGAGAGGAUGAAGUAAUUGCUCUGAAUGAACAAAUUGUGCUUCGUGCUGAUGAUUUGAUGCAAUGGGUCGUCGAUGACCUGGACUGGAACUGGGGAUUAAAUGCUGUUUUUGUUCCGAAUGGCGAAAAUAAAAGCGCUGAUCAAAAAAUUAAAGUUACUCAUUUACAAAGUACUCAACUAGAAUUCAACGAUGUCGACAUCGAAAAAUCUAAAAAUAAAGAUUUGGUGUCAAAAGUAGCAGUCAUUAGUUAUCCGCGAUAUUGUCGUUAUCGUGCAACUCUAACACGAUUGGAGUCGGUGCAAGAUGAAUGGAUUCGCAAUACUCUCGUAGAAACAAUUACCGGAUUCGUUGCCUACAGUCCAAAUAUGAAAAUCAUGUUCUGUCGCGACACGUUUGAAUAUCCUGAACUUGAGACUCACGAAAACUUAUGUAAUCAUUUGGCUCCCAAACUUAAAGGUCGCCCACGUAGUAAACGGCGUUUAAGACGCAGCGAGUCUCCAUACAAAAACGAAUCAUCUGAAGCAGAUUCAGAUGCAGAUGAGUCAGACGCGUCAGCAUGCUCGGUGGAGAAAGCUCAACCUCGAUUCAAUAUUAAACCACAGCUUCGAAAUACACAUCGUCUUGUACGACGUCCUACUAAAUCAGAAUCAUCUGAAGUGUCAUCACCGGAACUAAAAGCUUCAUACGAUCGAAAAGUGCGAAGUAAUUCAUUACCUGACGAGAAAGCCUUCUUGACUCGUUUGAACAACUUUAUGGUUAAGAAUCCCGAAUUUUAUCCGAAGAUGGUUUGGAUGGAACUUCGCCAAAUCAACUUGUAUAAAGUUUAUAUGAAAGUACAAAAACUAGGAGGCUACGAUGCAAUAACUGAUUUGCAAACAUGGAGACUAAUGGCAAAUGAUCCAAAUACUGAAGAUGGUGCAAUGAUGAAAAAUAAAUACGAAAAGAUCCUGCUGCCGUUCGAAAGGCAUGAUACUGAAUUUGGAACUCAUGCAAAAUACCGUUUACAAAAUCUUGAACGCCGACUCUCGCCAUCUUUGGAAAUAAUUCCGAUUAAGAAAGAAGAUUACAAUGGCAAAGAGUUGACGAAAGAACAAAUGAUGAAAAUACAAAGCUUAGUGAAAUCUCGAGGUACUGAAGCCGAUAAACGGGAUGAUGAUAGAAUGUCUUCAGUAUCGGUUCCCUUAACGACGACAAUUACUGUUCAAUGCAAUGACCAACAAAUUAUGAAUCAAAUCAAAAUUACAAAUCAAAUUCAAAUUCAACAGAUUCGCGUUAAUGCGGAGGAUAGUCCCCUGCGGUGUAACAUAAAGCAAGACAAAUCGAGCUCAGACGUUUCAGAAGAGAGUGGAACAAACAAACCAUCUUCUACACAAAGCAAGACUUCCUCUUUGAGAAAUGUUAGGAAAUCUGUAGCAACUACUCCGCCAGGAGGUCAGCGGGAAAAAGAAAACAUUCCAUUAUUUUUAGGAUGCAAGUCGACAACAAUUACUCCAAUCGUGAGUGUCGGUUCGAGCACAAUAAACUUGAAUAGCACGCCAAAGGAACAAAUUAUUGUUACGCCAGAAAUUGUUGAUUUGGCUGACAACAGUGACUCCGAGAGUUCGUCACGUGGCACUAAACGUAGUGGUGCGGAGUCUCCAAGUUUGGCAAAGAGAAAAAAGUUGGACAUGUUGAAAGCUGGUGGCCUCGAAGUUACGCCGAUAAGUUCAAACUCAGCAGCAUCUGCUUUUUGGCAACGAGAUCUGUUUAAUGCCGCAGGCUCAAUGAAUCCCGAAGAGUUUUUAAGGACGUUAAGUAGUAAAUUAGAGAUAACUCCUUCGUCGACACAAAACAAAUACAGUACAAAACAAAAUUCGAAAGUGCCACCACCAAAAAAUCGUGCGGUUUUUACGUCUGCAUCACUGCCAAAACUGCAGCCCGUCGGAAUGUACGCACAAACAGGACGGAUCUAUGGAGAUCCAAAAGAAAUCCUACCUCCAGAUUAUCAAAAAUCUUCUAUUAGCAGUACUAUAGAUUUAACAGCACAAACAACACAACAAUACCAACCACAUCAUCAGUCACAACCAUCAAGAACGAAGACAAAUUUCGUCAGCAGUUCAGGUAGCAGUAGUAGUAAUAGCAAAAAUAAUACAAUUCCAGUGACCCAAGUCAUUCAUGAUAAGAGACUACCACCGUCGCUGAUUCCAGCCAUAAAUUUGGCACAACAAAAAAUGAAAAACAAUGCUGGACUACAAAUUUCUUUGGUGCAACCGCCAGCAACUUCGUCCACACACGUACAAAAUAUUCACAAUUCUCAAAAUCACAAUAUUAAACGAAAAGAAGUAACUAUUCAACCGACCUCGAGUAGUUCGUCUAGAUCUGACAAAAAUACGAACAAUCAUCGAGUUAGCUCACCGAUGAACAAUACUCCAGCAGCAGGAUUGCCUAAUCUGGCACUUGCAAACUUAUUUUCAAAUCCAUUACUAUUUGCACAAUAUAUGCAACAAGCAGCCUCAGCUGCAAACCCUCCACCUGGAAUGGGAAGCAAGCAAUCUCCAACGAGCUCGUUACCACCACACUUGAUUCCACCCGGCUUUAAUCCAAUGAUGAAUGCUGCUGCUGCAUCACAAAUGGCUCGAACAAAUCAACCGAAUCCAUUUUUAUCGAUAAUGGACCACCCUCUGUACUUAUCGGCAUUAUGUGGCAAUCCAAGAUUAUUGAUGCAAAAUGCAAUGUCACCUGAAUUGUUGCAACAAAUUUUGAAAAAUCUACCACCAAAAGACACGCCAGUUUCAAAAAGUUAGAAUUUUUAUGUAUUAUAGGAAAAAAAUCUGCCAAUUGUAAUAAAUUAUAUGCUUUUACUAUUUUAAAUGAAAAUAUUAAUUCGAAAUGAAAUUUAUUUAAAAACAAUAAUAAAAUUAAAUCAAAGUACAAAUUAUCCAUUACUCUUUCUGAAUAAAUGAAAGAGAAAAUUUAGUCUCAAUUUCAUAUUAAUAUUGAUGCAUAUUAAAUUUUGGCAUUCUUUUUAUGUCUGUGUGAAAAAAGACUAUAUUUGCUUCAAAAAUUGAAUUAUAAUUUAUUGUCCUUACGUCGAAGUUUUUCAUAAUUAAUUUCACGUAU